CAACCAUCGACCACAGGCAAACCUCUUUGAGAAGAUUCUGGAGUGCAAGAACUUCACAAGUCAUGGUUCUCUUACGUAUCAGCCUCCCAUAGUCGACCGUGGGCAUUGGACAGUUCCUCAUCCCUAGGGUCGAAUUCUUCUCCACUCAAUUGGCCUCUGGCGGAGCCCUUGGUCCAUGACUUCACAAAAGCUCCAACCCACUUCUCAAUUGGUGAUUGUUCCUGGCUAGACUCUUUCCCACUUGGUGUCCCACCUCUUUGAGGACAACGAAGCCUUUUUCACGAUUUGCCUCUUUCUCGCCGGUCACGCUCUCUAUUUCCUUGCUGUCGCAUGGAUGCCUGACUCUCUUUCUGAGCCUCUGACCCUACCUUUUGGCCACCAUCGCUCCUUUUCUAAUGACGGCACUGUCCUUCCUUCCCACCACCCGAAACAGCCCCCAUCUCCAGGAAUCGAACUAGAAGACUUUGAACUCGACCGAGACAUCCAAGACCCUUCGAGCGAAUCCGAGAGCGAAUCAGAGCGAGACACCUCUGUACAACAAGACACCGGCGCUGGAAGUUCCUCGUCACAGAUGAAACGAACAAAAUCCAAAAAGAACAAAGAAAAGCAGACCCCUUCCAGAACGAGUCUUCGAAUCAAGACCGAUCAGAACGGGCAUGCGAAUGGCCACGCCAACGGCGACAUGGAUUCACACAUGGAGCUCAGACGCAAACACGUCUCGAGCAGCGACUCGGCAUCAACCGCUUCGAUGGUCAUGUCCCGGGAUGACUUCUCCCUAGAUCACAACCCUCCUCCGCCCACCCCUCAGACACCUGGCAUGGUCAACACCAGCUUCGCCGACCUCCCUCCAAACGACAAGAGGAAUUUUCUUCUUCUCGUCCUUUUGUAUUUUUUACAAGGCAUUCCCAUGGGUUUGGCCGCUGGGUCUGUGCCUUUUCUUCUCAAGAGCUAUCUCUCCUACGGGCAGAUUGGAAUAUUUUCACUGGCCAUCUACCCUUAUUCAUUAAAGUUGUUGUGGAGUCCGAUUGUGGACGCGGUCUGGAGUCGAAGAUUUGGACGGAGAAAGAGUUGGAUCACACCCAUACAGACCAUUUCCGGUCUGUCGAUGAUCUAUCUAGGCGGCCAGAUCGAUGACAUGAUGAGAAAAGCCGGGGAGAACGAUGGGUCUGGGGUCUGGGGAUUCACAUGGUGGUGGUUUUUGUUGGUGUUCCUCUGCGCGACACAAGACAUCGCCGUGGAUGGAUGGGCUAUUUCACUUCUUUCCAUGCAAAACAUGGCCUACGCCUCGACGGCUCAGACUGUGGGUCUGACAGCUGGCUCUUUCCUGUCGCACACCGUAUUUCUUGCCUUGCAAGCUCCCGAUUUUGCCAACGCCUGGUUCAGGUCUACUCCGAGCGAAGAGGGCUUGUUGAGCCUCGGCGGGUACAUGGCUUUUUGGGGUUGGGUUUACUUGAUCGUGACGGUCGGCUUGGCAUUCUUGAAGAAGGAGGACAAGACGAAUGAACGGGACGGUAUCAUGGAAGUCUAUCGAUCCAUGUGGGCGGUGCUCAAACUCCCCAAUAUCCUCACCAUCAUCAUUGUCCAUCUCAUCGCCAAAUUGGGCUUCGUCACCAACGAUGCUGUCACGAAUCUGAAGCUACUGGACAAGGGAUUUGGACAAGCAAAUUUGGCGCUUGUUGUCCUGAUUGACUUUCCAUUUGAAUUAAGUCUGGGUUAUUAUGCUGGGAAAUGGUCGACGGAAUAUACCCCUCUAAGACUCUGGUGUUGGGCGUUUGUGGCAAGACUUGUGGCGGCAGUCUUCGCCCAGAUCACGAUUAUGAUCUAUCCCACCGACUUGGGCCAAGCGGUGCCAUUGUGGUAUCUUUUGACCGUCAUCGCUUCUCAUGUCUAUUCGACGUUCAUGAGCACUAUUAUGUUUGUGGCGGCAUCUGCCUUUCACGCGAGAAUAGCCGAUCCCGCGAUUGGUGGUACCUACAUGACCCUCCUCGCCACUGUCUCGAACCUAGGUGGCACAUUCCCCAAGUUCUUCAUCCUGAAAUUUGUCGACAUGUUCACCAAGGCGACAUGUCUCCCUACCCCUGACCCGGCGGCUUUCACCAAAGCCCAUCCGAACGUUCCACCUAUUACGACAGCUUUUAGCUGCGCCCUUGAAGCCGACAAGAAUAUCUGUAUCAAGGGCGGUGGCACAUGUUUGAUGCAACGCGAUGGAUACUACAUCACCAAUGUUAUAUUUGUGAUUAUCGGUGCCAUCACUUUCUGGGCGUACAUCGAGCGAAAGGCCUUAGCAUUACAAGGACUGCCGUUACGGGCCUGGCGUGUUCAAGGCGAAGGAGGGUCAUAUUCGCGUGUUGCGAGUAGAUGAGAGGAUCUUGUGGCGAUUUUGACCGACAAUGACAUGCACUAGUUGUUGUUGUACUAUAUAUGUAGCGAGCUAGAUUUAGAUCAACUGGCAAACAAUUAUGAAGAAGGGACGAAAAGUCAUUGGGAUUUUCUGUUCAAGGAUUU